AUGGACGAAAAGAAUGAGGAAAGCAAAGGGUCCAAGUCUGCACCCGCGUCAAGCAGGUACCACGGUUCAUGCUUAUUGUUGGCGUUGGCAAAAGUCCCUCGAACCUCUGAGAAAGCGAGCACGGAUACUCAAGCCUAUCACCAAGGACUGUCCCCUGGGCCGCUCAGUGCGCCCAUGCCUGCUACUGACGGAAGGAAAUCGCGUACAGAGCGUGAGAGAGAGAAGGAGGGAGGUGCGGAUAGCUUAUCCCGGCAAGGUGACAAGGUUCGUACGGACGCUACCCUACCUCGCGGCUUGGUACAGUACGACGGUGCAAGAGCGGGCAGUAGUGGUGGACUGGUCCAUGGUCUACUCCGUACUCCGUACCUACAGUCCAUCGCCGGCUCAACCUGCCAUCGCCUACGGGUACUGUGCGGGAACAUUGCACCCCGACUUUCCGCUGCCCACGUUCCUUUGUCCCACGCACUGCUCCGCGCACUCUGGAAGCCCGGCCCAGGCCCGCUGCUAAUCACCCACCUACCAACCACUUUCCCUGUACCUCUUCGUAGAGGGAGCAAACAUGCGUUUCUUGGCUUCAACGUUUACUGCAUUCCUGCGCCGCCUCCAGCACAAACCGAUACCUACCUCUUGAACCCUGGAAUGGAGCCGUUGAACGAUAACCGCGUUCCCUUCCAACCGUCCUUUGUCCUCGUUGCCUUGUCUGUUGCCUCGCUGACGUCGACAUCUCUUCAGCCGCGCUGGACGAACAACGGCGAUAGCUUCGCAGUUCUUCGCCGUUAG